AUGGCAAGCCCGCCAGAUCCCGUGUCCACCAAGGCGUUUGACGCCGACGCCGAGCAUGUCGAGGUCGAUGGCGACGUCAAGAGGACCAUUGUCGACGCCAUCCACCACCCCGACCCGGAGCUGUACGCCGAGGCGUUGGCCAAGUACCCCAACGACGAGGCCAUCGACCGGGCCGAGGAGAAGCGCCUGGUGCGCAGGCUGGACUUUCGCAUACUGCCUCUGCUGGGCAUCUGCUACUUUUUCUACUAUGUCGACAAGACGACGCUCUCCUACGCCGCCAUCUUCGGCCUCAAGGACGACCUCGACCUGCAUGGCGAGCAGUACUCGUGGCUCUCGAGCUCCUUCUACUUUGGCUGGCUCGUCUGGGCCAUCCCGUCCAACCUGCUCAUGCAGCGCAGCCCGCCCGCCUACUACCUGGCCUUCAACAUCUUCAUGUGGGGCGCCCUGCUCAUGUGCCAGGCCGCCGUGAAGAACUUUGCCGGCCUGCUGGCCCUGCGCGUCCUGUCCGGCGCCUUCGAGGCCAUUGCCGACCCGGCCUUUAUGCUCAUCACGUCCAUGUACUACACGCGCGAGGAGCAGCCGUCGCGCAUCUCGGCGUGGUAUGCGUGGAACGGGAUUGGCGUCGCGGGGGGUGGCCUGCUCGGAUACGCCAUCGGCCACAUCAAGGGCAGCCUCGCGUCGUGGCGCUACGAGUUCAUCGUCAUCGGCGCCCUCUGCGCCUUCUGGGGCAUCGUGCUGUGCCUCUUCCUGCCCAACUCGCCGCGCACCAUCUGGGGCUUCUCGCGCGACGACCGGCUGCUCAUGAUUGCGCGCAUCCGGCGCAACCAGACGGGCAUCGAGCAGCGCCGCAUCAACUGGGGCCAGAUCCGCGAGGCCUACCUCGACUACAAGACGUGGCUGUUUACGCUGCUGGGCUUCGUCGCCAACAUCCCCAACGGCGGCAUCUCCAACUUUUCCACCCUCGUCAUCAAGGGCCUCGGCUUCGACACGUUCGAGACGGCCCUGCUGGGCAUCCCGCAGGGCGUCCUCGUCGUCAUCUGGAUCGGCCUCGGCGCCCUCGCCAACAAGUUUAUGCCCAAGAACUGCAGGACGCUGGUGUGCGCCAUGUUUAUGCUGCCGACCAUUGCGGGCGCGCUGGGCUUCCUGCUCGCGCCGACCGACGCAUACGUCGGGAGGCUCAUUUGCUUCUACCUUACCGGGUCGUACCAGGCCUCCUUCGUCAUCUCCCUGUCGCUCAUCACGUCCAACACGGGCGGCCAGUCCAAGAAGAUGAUUGUCUCGGGCAUGAUUUGGUUCGGCGCCUGCAUCGGCAACAUCGCGGGGCCCUUUUUCUACAAGGCCGACCAGGCGCCCUCGUACAAGCUGGGCAUCGGAUCGCUUCUGGUGGCCAACUGCAUCGAGUUUGCCCUCUUCUUCGUCUUCCGCUACGCCUUCAUCAGGGAGAACCGCCUCAAGGAGAAGCGGCGCGAGGAGAUGCGCGAGCGCGGCGAGUUGCUGGCGGAUGAGCUCAACGCCACGGCGUUCAGGGACAUAACCGACAAGGAGAACCCCAACUUUGUGUACGUGUACUGA